UGCCGGAAAUUGGGGUGUGCGGAAUCCGGACGUUCGUCUGAGCGCUACACGCUCUCCGCUGGGGACCCGGGCCACCAUGGUCUCAGACGAAGAUGAAUUGAAUCUUCUAGUUAUCAUAGUUGAUACGAACCCAAUUUGGUGGGGAAAGCAAGCAUUGAAGGAAUCUCAGUUUACUUUAUCAAAAUGCAUAGAUGCUGUGAUGGUCCUGGGAAAUUCUCAUUUAUUCAUGAAUCGAUCCAACAAACUUGCUGUGAUAGCAAGUCACAUUCAAGAAAGUCGAUUCUUAUACCCUCGGAAGAGUGGCAGACUCGGGGACUUCGGAGAUGCUGGCAACACUUCUGAAUUUAAUCCCUCGGGGAGUAAAGAUGGAAAAUAUGAGUUGUUAACAGCAGCAAAUGAAGUCAUUGUUGAAGAGAUUAAAGAUCUAAUGACCAAAAGUGACAUAAAGGGUCAACAUACAGAAACUCUGCUAGCAGGAUCCCUCGCCAAAGCUCUUUGCUACAUUCAUCGAAUGAACAAAGAGGUUAAAGAUAAUCAGGAAAUGAAAUCAAGGAUAUUGGUAAUUAAGGCUGCAGAAGACAGUGCAUUGCAGUAUAUGAACUUCAUGAAUGUCAUCUUUGCAGCACAGAAACAGAAUAUUUUGAUUGAUGCCUGUGUUUUAGACUCUGAUUCAGGACUCCUGCAACAGGCUUGUGACAUCACAGGGGGACUGUACCUGAAGGUUCCUCAGAUGCCAUCCCUCCUGCAGUAUUUGCUGUGGGUUUUUCUUCCUGAUCAAGAUCAGAGAUCUCAGUUAAUCCUCCCGCCCCCAAUUCACGUUGACUAUCGGGCUGCUUGCUUCUGUCAUCGAAAUCUUAUUGAAAUUGGCUAUGUCUGUUCUGUGUGCUUGUCCAUAUUCUGCAAUUUCAGCCCUAUCUGUACUACGUGCGAGACAGCCUUUAAGAUUUCUCUACCUCCUGUACUGAAGGCCAAGAAAAAGAAACUGAAAGUGUCUGUGUGAUACUAAAACAGUUUUCCCCAUCUUUUAGAGCCUAUUAAUAGAUUGUAUGGCAGAAUCUUUGUUAGGAGGGCUUUGAAAAAAAUACAGAUAUAAGAUCAUUUUAGUGAAGUUUUUGUAAAGGAAAUAGUUUAAAACCAUCAACCUUGUCCUGUGCUUCUGAGGAACUGAUUUAUUUGAGGGACUCAGUCUAUGCAAUAUACCCUAAAAUCUUCUGUGACAGGUUUUUGUUGAGAAAGUGGGAAGAAACACAAAAUUGUGGUUCUUUUUUUAAUGGGAUGAUCAUUUAUUUGUCAGUCAGCCUGUCCAGACUAAUUAUAGGCUUCAGAACCUGUUACCCAAGUUUAAGUUCUUACUAUGAAAUGUAUGACAUGUGAAAAUUGAACACAGUUUUGGAAAAAGUGACUAUUUUUGGCAUAAUGGCAUUAUUCAAGAUAGAACAUCUUACUGGAAUCAGCAGUUAACUUGGACAGUAGUCACAUAAAUAAAAUCCUAAUUGUCUAAGUUGAGAUUUAGCUUCAGAUAUUAGCAAAUAUUUAUUCCUUUGUCUGCCAUCAGUACUUGUUUGGACAAAGUUAUCCAAAUAAUAAUAAUAAUAUUUGUCACUGAAUAAUUACAAAGUCUGAUUUUAAGUAAGGUGAAUGAGCACUAUAGUCUGGUAGCAACUUU